AUGGCUUCCUUAGACACCAAAACCCCCGCGGAGAUCACAGACGCUGCCCUCCCCAAAGAUGAUUUGCCCCCAGACGCAGAUAUCGAUCCUCGCGCAGAGCGUGCCCUAGUCUGGAAGUUCGAUCUGCGCGUUCUCCCCGUGCUGGCCGUCAUGUACCUCUUCAACAGUCUCGACAAGUCCAAUGUGGGGAACGCAAAGACCGCCGGACUGGAGAAGACGCUCCAUCUCAAGGGAAACGAAUACAACCUGAUUCUCAGCAUCUUCUUCAUCCCAUAUGUCCUGACGGCGCCCUUCCUCGGUAUCCUGGGAAAGAAGUACGGCCCUAACCGCGUACUGCCAUGCAUGAUGUUUGCUUUCGGGUUGUGUACAAUCCUUGUCGUCGCGGUGUUCAAUUUCAGUGGCCUGUUGGCGAUCCGCUGGUUCCUGGGGAUGGCGGAGAGUGCAUUCUUUCCGCUGGUUAUCUACUAUCUCACCACAUUCUACCGUCGUGGAGAACUAGCCCGCCGGCUCGCCAUCUUCUACGCAGCGCAGAGCAUCGCCUCCGCCUUUUCGGGCCUCCUCGCAUUCGGCGUCUUCCGGAUCCAGUCCGGUCCACUAGCAUCAUGGCGCUACCUCUUCCUCAUCGAAGGGGGAGGGACCAUCCUGGUAGCGAUCUUUUCACUAUGGUACCUCCCUCGCUCCGCAGCGCACGCAUCCUUCCUCACCCCCGAGGAAAAAGAACUCGCAUACCUCCGCCUCCAGCGCGACAGCUCAGCCAUCGUCGACGAGAAACUCGACCUCCGCGACGCAUUCAAGGUCUUCCGACACGGCACCUCAUGGCUUAUCCUCGCCAUCCAAAUCUGUCUCGGCGUCCCGCUCCAAUCAGUGCAACUCUUCCUCCCAUCCAUCAUCAAACGCCUCGGCUACGACACCGUCAAGACGAACCUGUACACCGUUGCGCCCAACGUCUCCGGCGCAGCCAUGCUCCUCAUCCUCGCCUUCUGCAGCGACUGGACCCGCUGGCGGUUCCCGUUCGUGGCGCUGGGGUUCCUAUUCACCUUUAUCGGGUUCGUCAUCUACGCGGCGAUUGACGUCAAGACAGAUAUUAACGUCGCGUACUUUGCUUCGUUCAUGAUGACCUGGGGUACCUCCGCCCCCUCCGUCCUCCUAGACGUCUGGUACAACAACAACAUCGCAAACGAGGGCCGCCGCGUCGUGCUGACCAGCAUCGCUGUCCCCGUGGCGAACCUCAUGGGCGUCGUCAGCUCGAAUAUCUUCCGCAACCAGGACGCUCCGCGGUAUAUGCCUGCGCUUAUUACCACCGCGUCGUUUGGGGGGACGGGGAUUCUGUUGACGUUGUUGCUGGGCGGGUGGAUGAUGGUGGAUAAUGCGCGCAGGGAUCGGGUUCAGGGGAGGAAGGUUCGGGCGCAGGAUGUCUCGACGGAGAGGUUACAUGAUGGGCCGGAUUGUGCUGAUUUUAGAUGGUCGUAUUAG